AUCCAAGAAAACAUUCUUGGCCAAAAUCUCGGGGAAGUUACUGCCACUUUGUUCUCUACAAGGAAAACAAAGACACCAUGGAUGCCAUCAACGUAUUAUCCAAAUAUUUACGAGUAAAACCAAACAUAUUUUCAUACAUGGGAACCAAAGACAAAAGAGCCAUCACAGUCCAGGAGAUUGCUGUCCUCAAAAUAAGUGCACAGAGGCUUGCCCACCUGAACAAGUGCCUGAUGAACUUUAAGCUAGGGAAUUUCAGCUAUCAGAAAACCCCUCUGAAACUGGGAGAGCUUCAAGGAAAUCACUUCACUGUAGUUCUCAGGAAUAUAACGGGAACUGACGAGCAAGUCCAGCAAGCCAUGCAGUCUCUGAAGGAGACUGGCUUCAUUAACUACUACGGCAUGCAAAGAUUUGGGACCACAGCUGUGCCUACGUACCAAGUUGGAAGAGCAAUUCUACAGAAUUCCUGGACAGAAGUCAUGGAUUUAAUACUGAAACCCCGUUCUGGAGCUGAAAAGGGGUACUUGGUGAAAUGCAGAGAAGAAUGGGCCAAGACCAAAGACCCAGCCUCUGCCCUCAAGAAACUACCUGUCAAAAGGUGUGUGGAAGGGCAGCUGCUUCGAGGACUUUCAAAAUAUGGAAUGAAGAAUAUAGUCUCUGCAUUUGGCAUAAUACCAAGAAAUAAUCGCUUAAUGUAUAUCCAUAGUUAUCAAAGUUAUGUGUGGAAUAACAUGGUAAGCAAAAGGAUAGAAGACUACGGGCUGAAACCUGUCCCAGGGGACCUUGUUCUCAAAGGAGCCACAGCCACCUAUAUUGAAGAUGAUGAUGUUGAUAAUUACUCCAUUCAUGAUGUGGUGAUGCCUUUGCCAGGUUUUGAUGUUAUCUACCCCAAACAUAAAAUUAGUGAGGCCUACAGGGAAAUGCUCACCGCAGACAAUCUUGAUAUUGACAACAUGAGACACACAAUCCGAGAUUACUCCCUGUCGGGGGCCUACCGGAAGAUCAUUAUUCGGCCGCAGAAUGUCAGCUGGGAAGUCGUUGCCUAUGAUGAUCCUAAAAUUCCGCUUUUCAACACGGAUGUGGACAACCUAGAAGGAAAACCACCACCAGUUUUUGCUUCUGAAGGAAAAUACAGAGCUCUGAAGAUGGACUUUUCGCUCCCUCCAUCUACGUACGCCACCAUGGCCAUCCGAGAAGUGCUAAAAAUGGACACCAGCAUCAAGAACCAGACUCAGCUGAAUACCAACUGGCUCCGAUGAGCAGUGCGCUGAGCUCAGAGAGGAGACACAGACCUGCUUGCUGACCUCCUGUUCUUUUCUUUUUGAAGUGCUGACUCAUGUUUGGAAUUUGAAACUUUUGUAGUAAAGGAUUAUUUGUAUUUUUUUUUAAAGUUUUUAUCAGCUUAAAGAAAUAAUUUGCAAUAUUUGUACACAUAUACAAAUCCUGAGGAUCUUAAUUAGAGCUCAGAAAAUAUAAAUUGGUCAGAAUAUACUUUAGGUGCUUAAAUUCUAGUUCAGGACCAGCUUUCUGGCUUUAUAGCAAACAAAUAAAUGGGGACUUUGGUUUAAAAUAGUAGUUUUAGGUUUUUCUGUGCACCUGAAGUACAAAUGAUAAUUGUUUAAGUCCCUGCUGGGAUUACACAGUGGUUCAUCUCAAGAGCAAACGCAGCAAACAAAUCUUGACUCUGGAAAUUAGAGAGUCCACACUUGCCAGGCACACAUGCCUAUAAUCCCAGCACUCUGGGAGGCAGAUCUCUGUGUGUUAGAGGGCAGCCUGGUCUUCAAAGCGAGUCCAGGACAGCCAAAGAUACACCAUGAAACCCUGUAUCCAAAAAUGAACAAACGAAAAAGAGUCCACACUUAACAAACAGUGCUCAUAUUGGUGUCGGUGACAACAAAACACCCACAAGUUUAUACACACAGCAUGGUUUCCAUUGUGCAACUGUGUGUGUCAGCGCCAGGCAGGCAUUUUACAUACAUCGCAGCUUGCAGUGGCUUUUGUGUUCAUACUAUCAGCAUCUUUCAGGGGAGGCUUUUCCUUGAUACAAACUUGUAGUUUUUAUUGGGUAAGGUCUAAUUUUACUCUAGGUGCCUUUUACUUCCAGAACUCUUUCCACUGGACUCCAAAGUAAAUAGUGAUCAACAAGAAAAUCUGGAAAACUGAAAAGGGCUCCUCUUCCCAGCAGUGUGCCCUGUCAGCAGCUGCUUAGGCAUCUCCAUCGUGGGCACUGCAAACCUUUGCCUUUCUCUGAAAGGAUGGAUAUGCCUUUCUGAAGUUGUGUGACAUAACUCUAUCAGUUUCAUUUUCUAUUAUUUGUAGAAGCAAAUGUAAUAAAUAUUUUUUAAAAUCCCUUUCUACUGAUUAUGUAAAUAAAUGUUAAAAUCUUGUCUCCG